GCACCAUCGUCCUCGCAUCACAUGUAGGGGGCAUGUGAAGGUCACAGUCCAUCGCAGGGCCUGCGCUGCUUCAAAACCACCAACGCCGCGCUCACUCUCACUCGCCACGGUAACGAGCGAGUUCUCUGGCCAGCUCUGUGCAGAGCUUGCCUGCCAUGGCGACCACAGCGCCAGCAGCGGAUAGGAAUGCGGAUGGAGAUGAGCAGGGUAGGAGGAAGAAGAAGGGAGGCUUCAGGACCAUGCCGCUCAUACUAGCGAGCGAGGUCUGCGACCGGUUCGCCAUGGCCGGCUUCAGCGCCAACCUGAUCACGUACCUGACGCAGCAGCUGCACCUGCCGCUGGUGGAGGCGUCCAACACGCUGACCAACUUCGGCGGCACGUCCGCGCUGACGCCCAUCCUGGGCGCGCUCGCCGCUGACUCCUUCGCCGGCCGCUUCUGGACCAUCAUCGCCGGCUCCGCGAUCUACCAGGUCGGCAUGGUCGGCCUCGUCGUGUCCGCGCUCCUCCCUACGCUGCGCCCGCCGCCGUGCUCCCCGCCGGCCACCCCGUGCCAGCGCGCCUCCGGGUGGCAGCUCGCCGUGCUGUACCUCUCCCUCCUCUGCACGUCCCUCGGCUCCGGCGGGAUCCGCCCCAGUGUCGUGGCGUUCGGCGCCGACCAGUUCGAGCACGAGCAGCAGGACGGCGCCGAGGCUGCCAAGGCGGCGGCGGAGCGGAAGCGGCGCUACUUCAACCUCUACUUCUUCACCAUGGGGUUCGCCGUGUUGCUGGCGCUCACGGUGGUGGUGUACAUCCAGGAGAACGUGGGCUGGGGCUGGGGCUUCGGGAUCCCGGCCAUCGGCAUGCUCGUCUCCAUCGUGGUGUUCCUGGUCGGGUACCCCAUCUACGUGCUGCUCAAGCCCGACGGCAGCCCGUUCACGCGGCUCGCGCAGGUCGUCGCCGCCGCGUUCAAGAAGCGGGACGUCGCCGUGCCGGAGGACCCCGGCAUGCUGUACCAGGACAAGGAGCUCGACGCGCUCAUCUCCACCAACGGCAGGCUGCUGCACACCAACCAGCUCACAUUCUUCGACCGGGCAGCGAUAGUGACGCCGGGCGACAUCGCCGCCUCCGGGCAGCCGAACCUGUGGCGGCUGUCGACGGUGCACCGCGUGGAGGAGCUCAAGUCCAUCGUCCGCCUGCUGCCCAUCUGGUCCGCCGGCAUCAUGCUCGCCACCGCCGGCUCGCACAACUACACCUUCACCAUCAUGCAGGCGCGUACCAUGGACCGCCACAUGGGGCCCCACUUCCAGUUCCCGCCGGCGACGCUGUCCAUCUUCUCGACCGCGGCCAUGCUCGUGACCCUGGCGUUCUACGACCGGGUCUUCGUGCCCCUGGCGCGCCGCGUCACAGGCCUGCCGUCCGGGAUCACCUACUUCCAGCGCAUGGGCGUCGGGCUGGCCAUCUCCAUCCUCAGCGUCGCCUCGGCCGCGCUCGUGGAGACCAAGCGCCGCGACGCCGCGGCCCGGCACGGUCUCCUGGACGACCCGGCCGCGGUCGUCCCGCUCAGCGUAUUCUGGCUGGUGCCGCAGUUCGCCGUCCACGGCAUCGGCGACGGCUUCUCGUCGGUGGCGCACAUGGAGUUCCUGUACGACCAGGCGCCCGAGAGCAUGCGCAGCAGCGCCGUCGCGCUCUUCUGGCUCGCCGGCUCCAUCGGCAACUACAUGGGCACGGUGCUCGUCACGGCGGUGCAGCGCGCCACGCGCGGCCGCGGCGAGUGGCUCCAGGACAACAUCAACAGGGGCAGGAUCGACAACUACUACUGGCUCGUCACCUGCAUCAUGGUGCUCAACUUCGGCUACUUCCUCGUCUGCUUCCAUUUCUACACCAUGAAGCCGCUGGAGGUGGCGGGUGAACACGACGACCGUGACAAGGAGUGUGAGCUCUCCUCCCUACAGAAAAAUGGCGGCGGCGGCGCCAAUGGGAUGGUGUAAUUAAGGAGGAUUAUAGGACAACUAAGUAGACUGGAUGUUGUUAAUAACUAGUUAAUCACCCGCACAUGCACAAGCAUUACAAGGUAUAAAGGGAUUAGUGUCUUGGAUCUAGAACUGUGACUUCCAUUGUGAACAUAGUGUCACAGGAAGAUACAGCAAGCAAGUGUGACGAUCAUGAUCGUGAUCAUGCAGCCAAGAGAAUCGAGGCCAUUGAAUUAUACUAGUAUAGUA